AUGAAGGGGGUGCUGUCCUUUGACACCAAGAUUGACAAGGCUGGGGCUGACGUCAUCUGCCAGCCAUUCAUCCGACAGGUGGCAGGGAAGGGCCAGAGAACAAGAUGCACCUUCAGACCUGCAAUCCGGUGGGGGAGCCCCCUCUAUGCAACCCGCAAGCCCGUGUGUGAGGCUAAGGACAGGCAGGAAGACGCCUCGGCUGUGCUGAGAGCCAUCCAGGUGGAGAACGCGGCCCUGGGGAGGGCGCUCCUUGGCAGGAAGACGGAGCCGCCCACCAGCCCACUGCAGGCUGCCGAGGGACCACCAGCAAAACCCUGGGCCUGUCUGCUGACGGAGGGGGAGGUGGAGGAGGAGGAGAGCCUUGAGCCGCUUCCCAGCGCACCCAUGACCGCCGCUCCAGAGCCGUCCAGGGCAGCAGAGGGAGCCAAAGGCAUCGGGCAAGCUCCUGACAGUCUGCCUUCUGGGAAGCAGAGUGCAAAGGACGCCUCCCCGUGGGUGUGUCCCUUCCACCCGCCGCUGCAGCUCUUUUUCGUCAUCCGCAACACCAGACAGCUGAGCAACUUCGGGCUGGCCGAGAUCAAGGUGUGGAAUUACUGGACGGCAGACGACGAUCUGGACAUCGGUGCCAAGGACGUGAGGCUUUAUGUCAACGAGAGCCUCAUCUUCGCCGGCGAAUUGGACAGAGGUGACGGCGAGGCCCCGGCCGACCCUCGCAGCAUCCUGGUGGAGCUGAAGAGCGAGAGGGCAGAGGACACGGUGGCUCCCAGGGUGGCCGGCGCGGCAGGGGCCGGGGACCUCAGUGGCACCUGCUCACAGCCAGCCGAAGCAGCCAUGGUGGGCGCCACCGCCUCUUCACAGGGACAUUUAUUUAGCCAAAGGACAGAUUCUGCUGACGGCUGGAAAGACGUUUUGCCCACCACAGGGGAGGAUUCAGAGUCAUUGGCAGCCCCCGCGGGCACGAGCGACGCCCCCAGGGCCUCCUCACCCUCCCCGCCGGGGAAAUGCCCUCCCCUGGAUGCGGAGCCCUGGGGGAUCCAGCAACUGGAGAAUCUCACGGGCCGGAAGACACCUGUGCCGCCGGGGAAAACGCCGCCCUGGCUGCAGCCUUCUCCCAGCGGGCAGGGCAGGAGGCAGGGAGGCAGGAAGCCGAAACCCCCGUGGCUCAGCCCGGACAAGCCGCUCCCCGCACACAGCGAGGGCCCUGGAGAGACGGAGGCCGAGGAGAGAGGCCUCCAGCCGGAGCCAGGGCGGGUGACGAGCUGGAGCGUCCUCGCCGGGGAGAGGCCCCCGCGGGGGCCCCCCAAAGGCUGCGGGGAUGAUCUCGACAUCUUCGCCCAGCCCCCCAUCAGGGAGCGCCCUGCCAGUGGGAGGAGGAGCGUGAGGAAGGAGGCCCUGGGCAGUGGUCACGGGGACGAGCAGCCGGCCAGCAGAGGAGACACCUGGUCCACCAGGACCCCGCCGCGCUCCAGGUGGUGCAGUGAGCAGGAGCUCACGCUGCAUGAGUCCUGGGACUCCCUCAGCGCCUUCGACCACUCCCACCGGGGCCGCAUCUCCCACCCGGAGUUCCAGGGCGACAUCCUGGAUGAGUUCCUGCAGCAGCAACAGAAAGGCAGCCGGCAGGGGCCGGGCCAGGCUGGAGCGUCGCCAGGGCCGGACACGCGGGGCACAGGGAGCGACGCCCGCGCCGACGACAGCGACGGCGACUUCCAGAUCCCUGUCCUGCCUUACGGGCAGCACCUGGUCAUCAACAUCCAGUCCACCUGGGGGGACAGACACUACGUGGGCCUGAACGGGAUAGAGAUCUUCAGCGCCCAGGGGCAGCCCGUGCAGAUCGCGAGCAUCAGGGCAGACCCGCCCGACAUCAACGUGUUGCCAGCCUACGGAAAAGACCCCCGCGUGGUGGGCAACCUCAUCGACGGGGUAAACAGGACCCAGGACGACAUGCACGUCUGGCUGGCCCCGUUCACACCAGGCAAACCCCACUACAUCUGCAUCGACUUCACGCACCCCUGCCAGGUCGCCCUCAUCAGGAUCUGGAACUACAACAAGUCCCGGAUCCACUCGUUCCGCGGCGUGAAGGACGUCACCAUGCUGCUGGACGCACAGUGCGUCUUCCAAGGCGAGAUUGCCAAGGCCUCGGGAACCCUCAUGGGAGCCCCGGAGCACUUCGGAGACACGAUCUUAUUCACCACCGACGACGACAUCCUCGAGGCCAUAUUCUGCUCGGAUGCGACAUUCGACCUGGACGUGGAGAGCCUGUGCCCCCUGCAGCCGGACGAGGCCCUGCAGAGGCCCAGCACGGCCGACGGCGAGGGGGACGAGCGGCCCUUCACCCAGGCUGGCUUGUGGGCGGAUGGCUGGGGCCCAGGACCAGAGCUGCCCCCCAGCCCCCCUGUCCCUGAAGUCACCACGCCAGAGCCAGGCAUCUACCACGGGACCUGCCUGCAGCUGAACUUUACGGCCUCGUGGGGGGACCUGCACUACCUGGGCCUCACCAGCCUGGAAGUGGUGAGCCGGGACGGCCAGGCCCUGCCCAUCAGCCUGUCCCAGAUCUCCGCCUCCCCCAGAGACUUGAAUGACCUCCCCGAGUACACGGACGACUCCCGCACCCUGGACAAAUUGAUUGACGGCACCAACAUCACCACAGAGGAUGAGCACAUGUGGCUGACCCCCUUCUCGCCAGGGCGGGACCACCUGGUCACAAUCCGCUUCGACAGAGCCCAAAGCAUCGCCGGCCUGCGCUUCUGGAACUACAAUAAAUCUCCAGAGGACACGUACCGUGGGGCCAAGGUCGUCCACGUGUCCUUGGAUGGCUCGCGCAUCUCCCCUCCGGACGGCUUCCUCAUCCGCAAGGGCCCAGGCCACUGCCACUUCGACUUUGCCCAGGAAGUGCUGUUUGUGGACUACCUGCAGGCCGGGCCAUGGCUGCCCCAGCCCGCCAGGAGGCCCGACACGCAGAGCCUGGAGCGGCCGAGCAUGGACUACGAGGCCCCGCUGAUGCCGUGCGGCUUCAUUUUCCAGUUCCAGCUGCUCACCAGCUGGGGCGACCCCUAUUACAUCGGCCUCACCGGCCUGGAGCUGUACGACGAGCGGGGAGAGAAAAUCCCCCUGUCCGAGAACAACAUCGCCGCCUUCCCGGACAGUGUGAACUCGCUGGAGGGUGUGUGCGGGGACGCCCGCACCCCCGACAAGCUCAUCGAUCAAGUCAACGACACCAGCGACGGCAGGCACAUGUGGCUGGCUCCCAUCCUGCCCGGCCUGGUGAAUCGGGUGUACGUGAUUUUCGAUCUGCCUACCACCGUGUCCAUGAUCAAGCUGUGGAAUUACGCGAAAACGCCGCAUCGCGGGGUGAGGGAGUUUGGGCUCCUGGUCGACGACCUGCUCGUGUACAAUGGGAUCCUGGCCAUGGUGAGCCACCUGGUGGGCGGCAUCCUGCCCACGUGUGAGCCCACGAUGCCCUACCACACCAUCCUCUUCACGGACGACGCCGGCACCUGGCACCAGGAGAGACACACCAGCGUCAGCACCCAGGUAGAGGACCAGGACGUGCAGCUGACGAACGAGAACCAAAUCGUGACGAACGCCAAGAGGAAGCCGGGCGCCGUCGACCCAGAGACUGUGCAGUGCCCUCGCCCCCCAGCGGCUGGUAACUGGCCACCCCCGUGCUCUGCCUUGACAGCCUUACGCCCCAAAACCUGCCUCAGCACGAAGGAGCCGGUGAGACGGUGGCGGUGCUGACCCACGGUGCCAGAGGGAGAGCCGGCUGCCAGCUCGCGGGCGCUGCGGCCGGGACACGGGGGCCUGCCGUUCCGGGCUGCACAGGGCGAUCCCCGCCCGCCUCCCCUGUCCGAUCCCGCUCAGCCACACUGGGCUGACAGGUGGGGGCAUGGUGGGCAGACCAGGGACACUGUGUCUUUCCUAGGGUAGCCAGUGCCCAGUCCUGCCUCCUCUGGGGGCUCAGGGACCAGUGUCUCUCCUGGGUGUUCAGUGUCGGUCGCGGUGGCCACGGCCCACUCUCUAGGGGAGCUCCUGCUGUGUGGGCCUCUUAGGGUGGGUGUCCUGCUGAGGUCCCCACUGUGCUGUAGCCAGGCCCAGAAGGGAGGAGCUGGCCGCCAGGGGGCCGACAGAGCCCACCCAGACGCUGUGUGGACGCAGAGGCGGGGAGCGCACCCCACCUGGGGCCCGCACACCACAGCCCACCUUGUACUUGAACUCAGCCUGGAGAAGCCGGCCCCCAUUGCACUCCCCGGCUGCCCCUUCCGGAUCUGUUCUACGGCUCUCCCUGGUCGCUCCUCCCUGCCUGUCGGUGCCCUGCGCCCCUGAAGCCCUGCUGUGGGGUCCCCGGCUCUCCGGGCCCUCCCCGCCUGCCGGGCCAGCACAUCCCAGCGCCCUGGAAGCGAGCCCGGCGCCGCCGCUGAGCGACGCCCCGCGCGCAUCUGUUUCCAUCUCUGUAACAAGCUCGGAUCAGGGGCCUAAUUGGUUUCCCAGGGGUGGGUAAUUUCUCGUUCCAAAUAUUAAUCCGUUGUUCGGCUGGCAGGCAGCCCGGCCCGGGUGCCAGUGCGAUCCUAUGCGGCCGAGCGCCCCGCAGAUACGGGCGCGGGUGUGGCUAUGCGGAUGGGCUGCUGUGCGGGUGCGAUCCAUCACUCCUCGGGCUUACGUGGCUCCCAGGAGAGACCCAACCAGCUCCCAGGCCCCCCCCCCCCCAGUCGGGGCCGUGGCUCUUAGAGGGGGCCUCAGGCGUGGGGACACGGGGGGGGACCCUGGACCGGCUGCACAUGGUGGGGAGACAGCCGGGGCGCCGCGCGCGGCCGUUGGCUCCCACACUCCCAACGAUGUUGCUAAUGACUGAUGGAUGUGCAGCUUUAGGAAGCAGGGAAGAGAAGCUAUACAGGCGUUAACGCUAACAUAAAUUUCUAUUUUUUUUUUCUUCUUGCAAAAUCAAUAAAAGAUGUUAUUA